AUGGUCAAUGCAGUGAAAAAUGCAUUGGAUUCGUUAAAAACAUCAAAAUCGAUUUGUGAACUGUCUAAAGGACGAUCCAAAUAUGAUUAUAAUGUUCUAAGCAAAUAUGCGAAUCAAGGUUCAAUAAAGGCUAAGAGAUUAUGCAACGCACUAGAGCAUUUCUUUGCAGCAUGGGCAAUACUAAUCGAAUCUGAUACGUUGACAGAACAACAAGAAAAUAUAUUAGUACAUGAACUUUCAGAAUGCUAUCGUCUUGAACAUAUUGUCGCACAAUUUCCUGACUCCGAGAUGCGUGAAAAAGUUGGAAAAAUCGUUGAUCAAGUACUUUGUCGAUGUAGAGAAAUGCCAGAUUAUCCUGCGUCACAACUUGAUGAAGAUGCUCGAGUCUGUUAUGCUUCAUUACGCAUGGAUUCACAUGAAUUAAUCGACCAAUUUCUCAAUUCAUGCAAACAAAAAUAUCCUAAGUCAAUCUAUUAUCAAUCGUUGGUUAGAACGAUAUGA